UUGUCAACACUAUCACGAGUUUUCUCAAACAAACUCAUCAUUUAAAUCACAAUCAGCUGUUUGUCUGUCAUUUACAUUAUUCACACCACUUGGGCACCAAAUACAGUGAUAAUAAGAUGUCUCAAUCCAAGUAUGAAUACGUCCGCACAUACGAAGAGCCCACAGACAAUGUCCUACUGAAGGACUGCUAUAUUGUGGUGCGAGUCGAUGGACACAAGUUUCAUAAGUUUAGCAAAUGUCACGAUCUCUUCAAACCUAAUGACAAACGUUGUUUGGAUCUAAUGAACGAAUCGGCCAAACAUGUGAUGCGAGCCUUCUUUCCCAAUAUAGUCAUGGCUUACGGCCAAAGCGAUGAAUUCAGUUUCAUUAUCCGUCGGGUGUCUGAUCUAUACAAACGAAGACAAAAUAAGAUCACAUCUCUUAUAGUCUCUUCAUUCAGCUCCGCGUUUGUCUUCUAUUGGUCCCAAUAUUUCUCUAAUAAACCACAGAAUGGUUGUCACCAAUCAGUUCCACUCCAAUACCCGCCUGCUUUCGACGGCCGAUGUAUUCUUUACCCGAACUCCAAAGUGGUGAUGGAUUACCUCCGAUGGCGUCAAGUGGACUGUCAUAUCAAUAACCUC